CACACACACACACACACACACACACACACGAAAUAAAACGUUGCUCUCCGUUGAACUUUUUCGAGAUCUCGGGAUCUCUAAAGUAUUGCUCAUUGACCAGUCGAGACUGAGGAUAUUGUUCAAUGUGAAAAAUAUAUAGGUGGAAAGAAAAAACCGUAAAAAGAAAAAAAAUUGAAAAAAAAAUCGAAAAAAAGGUAUAUAUAAAUAUAUAUAUAUACAUAUAUGAAAAAACGGACUGAAAUCGAAUGAAUCGAGCGAGACACGGUUCAUCGUCGGAUAAGGAGCGUAGAAAACUUUAUUUCCCGGCAAACGUACCGCAAAGAACGUUUGUCGAUUAUCCGUAAGGGGGAAAGAAUUAAAAAAAAAAAAAAAAAAAAAAAAAAUGAGAAAAAACCAAGCAAAAAAAAGACGAAAAAAGAUCUAGAUAAGAUUGUGUUGCGAAGUAAUACGGAAGGAAAGGAGAAUACGAAGGGGUGGAAAGAAGCGGGGAUGAGAUUAAAGCGAUUUUAAUUUACUGUGCGCGUGCUUCGUUUUAAUUGUCGACUCGAAUGGACCGCCGUUUCGAGACACGUCGAACAAAUUUCCUGCAUCGAAGCGGGUCUCUAUAGUAAUAUACGCGUAUAUUUUAUAGUAGAUCUAACAAGCGUUCUGUCCGUUCGUAUUCCUUUCGUUCAUUGCAUGCGACGAAAAUUCGUUUCUCGCCAACUAAUCUCUAAGGCACAUUAGAUUUCCUUUCGACAGCAGGCUCAUAGAGGAAAGUUUUUCGAACGAAUCCUUUGGCGUCUCAGUUUUCCCUAUCGUUGUUCGUUUGUCUGACCGUCGCCAUAUCGAUUCGUCGUUGAAAUAGUUGGAUGCUUCGAUCGUAAAGGGAAGCUUUUAGAUCAGAGGAAGGUAAAUAACACCGAUAUUUAAAAGGAAAAGAAACAAAAAAAUGAUGAAAAGUAAGAAAGCUUAAGGAAGAACAGAAUAAACAGAGGAAAGAAGAGAGCGAAAGAAACGACUGAGAGGAUGAGUAUGAUAUGGUGCGCAAGCGAGGAAGAAGAAGAAGAAGAAGAAGAAGAAGAAGAUGAUGAGAAAGGGAAGAGAAAGUAAAAAGAAUGGGAAAAGAGCGUUGUGCUGAUUUUAUCGUCGUUUCACGCUGUCCUUCCGUUUUGCUCAUUCUCCUUGAUUUGUCCGUUUAUCAUAGCACAAUGUCGGAUCAGUAUAACGUCCUGCUCAAUAACGACUGACAUAAAAACCAAUUAUGAUGAUUAAUUGUAUAUACGUAUUCUUAUCGUGACUAACGAGGUGUAACGCGAAUGAAUGAAUUCCCGAAUUUUAAACUGAAAUUUCGAUUUUAUCGAACGCGCCGUGCGACUCGUGGCCGCAAAUUAACGAAUAAUUGAGCGAGAGAUGGCGAGAGAACGAAACUGAGAAGAACAAAAAUAAGAACAACGUAUGGUAAAUUGUUUAAUCGUCGAGAGUUCUCUCCGAACAGUAUUAUAAUUAUUAAAAAGAGAGAAAAAAGAAGAAGGAAGACGUUAAGAAGAAGAAAAGGAAUAAAGAGAAAAGCGGAAAGAAGAAAUGACAAGCGUAGAGAAACUGACUCCGAAAUCAUCGUUGGUCACUGUCUACAUUCUGCAUGAUUACGGUGGAUGGGUGAACGAAUCGCCGGACUGGUCACAAAAUAAAUAUGGUAAAUCGUAAUUGCGCGACUAACGCGUAUCACGUUUCAUUCUUCGUAAUUCAAAACCCGGCAAUCACGUUCAUGUUUUAUAUUAUCGGUACGAUACGAGUACACCAUUUUGUCAGACUGCAUCGUUCCAGGCGUGUUUCAAAAUCAUAAAGGAACAAGAGAAAAACGUAAAAAAAGAAAAAAAAAAAGGAGACAACUCGUGGGAACGAUCGAGAAAGCGACAGCCAUGCGAGAUUGCGAAGAAGAGCGAAAGAAACGAUAGGAUACGAUCUUUCUUUUCUUCGUGACGUCGCGUCGAGUCCGCGUUUCUCGUUCGUUUUUUUCGUAAAAAAUAAAGAAACAAAUAGAUAAAAAAAAAGAAAAAAAAAAGAGAGAAGAGUCACACGCUGAGAAACGGCUGGUACGGUGUUGAUCUUAUCGUUGUCACCUUUCAAAAUUAGUAGCCAAACGAGAAAAAAGAAAAAGAUAGAAAGAAGAAAAUAUACGAGAGAAAUCGAUAAAUCGAAGAUGAGGUUUUUUCAUUUCGAUUCGGGAUUUUGUUUGGAAAAGUGAAGAAGAAAAAAGAAAGACGAAGAAGAAAGAAAAGCGAGCGAUCAUCUUGCGGAACGCGACGUAUUUAUUUUUCACGAUAUUAUCGAGAAAAAAAAGAGAAGAACAAAUCGAGCGGCGAUUUUGAAGUGUAAGAUAUAACAAAUGAAUGGGCAGAGGGGAAUGUUUCGUUCUUCAGCUAGACUUUAAGUUUCUGUGUUCUUUGCCAGUGGCCAAUAGUUGAAGGCAGGAGAAAAAGUACAAUGAAAAUGAGGAUAAUUUAGAUUUAGUUGAUACGAGAUCAUAAGAGGAUAAUUUAAAGAGUAUAAAUACUUCGAUAUGAAUAAUCAAAUUUGCCCAACAGCUAUUGGCUGUAAUUUUACACAGCGUAACUCGCCCCCAUAUACAUCAAAUUUCAUCAGGGUAAUUAAUCGAGCUAACAAAAUCUACAUCUAUAAUUCCUGUUACUCUAAUACAGAUUCGAUUAAGUUUGUCCUAAUUAUAAUCUUAAUCGAGAAACUUUGAUUUGUUAUGACACGAUCGAAAGAGAAUCUCUAUUUUAUCGAUUUGUUUUUUCUACUCUUAAACCGCAGAUUUAUCGUACAAGUAUCGUAGGAGUCUUUAAUAAGUAUCUAACGUUAAGUGAAAAUGUCUUAAAAUGUAAAUGGGAUUGUUAAGUUUUAUCUCUUCCAGAAUUCCAAGUCGUUAAUGAUAAAUACCGUUUUAUAUUUACAAGCGAGUCUCAUCAACCUUCUGUUUAUUCCGUGUGUUUCACUAUACUUAUCUAUAGAAAAAUCGUAUAUAGCGAAUCGUACAAACUACGUAUGCGAACACUAUGGGGGAAUUUUGAUAAGGUAAAUUAAAUUAAACUCGAAACGAUUUUAUUUGAGGAAUAAAAUAAAAUAUGUAUACGUAUAUAUGAGAAUAAUAUAGAUAAGAAAAGUCUGCCCUGUAACUUCAAAAUCGCAACAUUGUCGGGAGAAAAAGAUAAGGUACCUAUUUUAAAUUUCAAAGUACACACCUAAGGAUCUAAUUUUUAUUGUUUUAGUGCGUUUACUAUGUAAUAUUAUUAUAAGUACAAAAAAACGUUUCUCUAUGUAGUUUAAGAUAUGUAAUAAGUUGAAACAAGAAAGGAAUAUAUCUAUCAGAGAAUCACGAGUGUUGAUUAUUUUAAAAACAAAAAAAGAAAAAAAAGAACAAGUGCAGUAUAAAGUGAAAUCGAAUGAAUAGUUGAUUUAUGUUAUUACUCAGCGACUCCCUAAUGCAUAAUGCACCAUUUGAUGUAUAUUUGAUGAAUAAGAGAUUCUUGAAUCAAAAAAGAAAAUGAUAAUUUUUCCAAGUUUUCUAUAUCAUCCCCUGUAUAUAUGUUGUGGCCCAGUUGUUUAUCAAAAUACAUCGUCCCUUCAGUAAGUUAAUUAACUACAAAUUUGACUUUACGCAGACAUAACUGUCGUCUUCAUAUUCUUGCACGGUUGAAUUAUUACUGUGCAUGAAAUUAUACACGUAUUAUAAUUUAUAAAGUCAACAAUAUCAAGAUUGGUAAUAAAUCAAACCAAGUUUUGUAACCACACUUUACAAAAUUGCAAGUCAUCCUACUCGAUGCAAAAUUAUAAAAUUGUAAAAGAGAAAUUUAUAAUUUAUAGUCCGUAAAUAGUCAAUUUAGAAAUAUUAUUAAUUAGUCAAUUAUUGUGCAGAUGUGCCAUUACGUCCUAGUUUAUCUAUUGCGUUCCAAACUACUCUAAAUAAAAUUUUAGUAACUUAUUCUUACGUUCAAUUUAAUCUUUCAAUUACUAUAUAAAAACGUGUUGGCGAUCGCAGCCAAUUAGCUCAUAUUAUUCGUUAUAUAAUUAAUAACUAUGUCACGCAUACGUGACUCUAAUGAUAGCUCUGAUGAAUGAUAUAAUUAAUAAUUAUAUAUCGAAAAAUACAAUGUCAGGUCUUACCACAUGAAAGUGCGCAUGAUCCGCGUUCCUAUCCACAUCCUUCGUUUACGCAAUAAUAUACUGAUUUUAUACUUAAAAGACUGAACAAAUUCUGCUUUUGAUAUAAGUUUACAAAACCCUCCGGUCUUUUCGUAAAACAAGCAACAAAAGUAGAUUUUAGGAAAACCGACGUGAGAAACUAAGUAUAAAGAGUUAGUUCUAAUUUUUUCGAAAAAUGGAUGACGAAGCUGAAACAUACAAAUUAUGGCGUAUAAGAAAAACGGUAAUGCAAUUGUGUCACGAUCGAGGUUAUCUAGUCACACAAGAUGAAUUGGAUCAAACUUUGGAACAAUUUAAAGAACAAUUCGGAGACAAACCAAGUGAAAAAAGACCAGCACGCAGCGAUCUUAUAGUUUUGGUUGCUCAUAAUGAUGAUCCGACAGAUCAACUUUUUGUAUUUUUCCCAGAUGAACCAAAAAUUGGUAUCAAAACUAUUAAAACCUACUGUCAACGUAUGCAGGAAGAGAAAAUUCACAGGGCUAUUAUUGUUGUGCAACAAGGAAUGACACCAUCGGCAAAACAAUCGUUGGUGGACAUGGCACCAAAAUAUAUAUUAGAACAAUUUUUAGAAUCUGAAUUGCUUAUUAAUAUCACAGAACAUGAACUGGUACCUGAACAUAUUGUACUUACACCAGACGAAAAAGAAGAAUUACUUACCAGGUACAAACUAAAGGAAAAUCAAUUAAUGCGUAUACAAGUUGGUGAUCCAGUGGCACGUUACUUUGGUUUAAAACGUGGUCAAGUUGUAAAAAUUAUUAGGCCUUCGGAAACUGCUGGCAGAUAUAUUUCUUACAGACUUGUAUGUUGAUAUAUUGUGCAUUAUUUUAAGAGUAAACUAGACUAUGUAAUUUUUAUAAUUAUUAUGUAAGAUAAAGAAAAAAUAAGAUCUUGUUAAAAUAUACUUCAUUAAAUUUUAAAAGAAGAUAAAAGUCCAUAUCUGUCACAUGAUACUUUAUUAUACUUUAGUUGCAUUUCAUAAUUACAUAAUUGGUGGUUAUCUAUUAACUAUACAUCAGGCAGUUAAUAAUGCUUGGCAUUAAUUUUGCAACAAUACAUUUUCUUCAUAUUGUAAAUUUAUCUUAAUUGGCUUAUUAGUCGUAAAAAAAAGGUAUAAGCAGUGUAAUUUUAUACAUCUUUAACAGUAACGAAUAAAAUAAAAUUCAACAAAAUAAACUUUGUUCAAACAUA